UUAACUCUCUCAACCGGAUCGAGAUCACGGGAUAUUCGGUCCUGCACCGCUACAACUUGUCGAGCGUUCGGGCUCCUUACCGCAUUCAGCAGCGAUCCACUGCAGUCUUCCAAAGCUACUCUAUCCUCGAAAGCCGCUCUAAACGUCGGCAGUCUCGGACGUUAUGACGGAACCGGUUCAGGAUACGAUCCUGGCGGAAUCGGGAGCCGAAGAUGAUGCCGGUCGGAAGGAUGUCGUCACGUCGGCCAGACAGUCGGUAUACGAUAACAGCUUGAUCAUGUCGGAGAUCUACGGAUGGAUAUCACGCAAACGAGAUCUGGCACGCUGCUUGGCGGUAUGCAAAGGCGGAUGGCUGGAAGUGGCCAGAAUUCUAUAUCGUCAACUGGACUUGGAGAUUGCAGCCCGCCUCGAAGUAUGGUGUGGUCACGACCGCUUUCUUCGGAUUUCGGAGCACGUGCGUGUACUCGAUUGGCCAGGUGGUCUCCUUAACGAUGAAAUUCAGAAGGAUGAAGAUAAGGGAUGCUGGACAGUUGCUGAAUCCUUACCGUUCCGAAAGUUUCGGCACUUGGAAGAGUUGCGACUGAUCAGUGUACAGGAGCAACUCUUAACCGUCGGAGAGAGACACGAGCUGGAAGGUCGGACCAUCCUGAUCAAAGCCUCAAUCCCUUGGGACAAUGCCCAUCGCUUCACAAGUCCAAUAAUCCCGGUGAAAGGCUCGACGGCCGCUACCCUCAUCUCACUCAGGAUCAACCAAAGCUGCGACCCUCAGGACAUUGUCCCUCACAGCCAAAUAUCCGCUUCGAUCAUCAAGACUCUCGCUCAAGUUCGUGACAAAACGGACGAAGACACGGAACUAUUCGCCAGCCUUCAAUCUCUGGACAACAUCGGUCGCGAUCGAUUUGUCAGCAUGGACUGCUUAGCACAGCUUGUCCACGCUUGUCCAUCCAUGAGAAGCCUGUCUAUAAUGCUAGACAGCAUCAAGGACAUGCCAGAAUCUCUCAAGUCGGGGCAAAUCCAGGAACUUCACCUCGGAGGAGCCAGGUUGGACUGGCUGCCUCUGUUCUAUUUCGUGCCCAAACUGCACAUGAGUUGCAGUAUCGACGGGAAUAUGGUGCCUUGGAUGAAAGAGACGAUCUUGGCGCUGGCCAAAUCGGGAAACCGACAUUACAGGACUGGUGUGCGAUACUUGCACCUGCAUUUUUGGGAUGGAAGCGCCUUCUACUACAAUUACUCUGUCUUAGCCAAAUUCAUCCUCGGCUUGGUAACGGCGGAUGCGGCUAUCAUAAUCACUGGCGAUGCUAGGGAUGUCAGCAAUCAGACAUGGAUCGAUCAGUUGCGAGAAACUAUCAGCUUCGCUCGGGAGGAACAGCGUGUGAAUCAGAUGAGGCGAAACAGCAAGCUACCGCCGGGCUUUCGAUUGAUCGAGAACCCUCGAGACACUCCGCUUCCCUAAAAUCGGUAGCAUCCCCGUUAUCGGACCGGGUAUCUCGCUAUACACGCGAAUCGUAUCCAUCUCAUCGAACAACACAGCGCCAGUAUAGUCUCUGUGUU